CCAUUUUCCCUUCCUAAGUCCUAACCGACCUUCCUCUUCUCCCCAAAACCCGUUUGUGAUUUGUCCAUCUCAAUCUUCCCUGUCCUGCGCUCUGCUCUGUUCACAGCGCCUACACCUCACCAGAUCGAGAGGCUCGACUUCUUCCUGUGCGACUUAGGCUCGUCUUGUCUCCUUUUAGUCAAAAGCUCGCCCUUUUGGAUCAAAGCUCGCGCCUUUCCAAGGUUUCAGGCCAGAAAUCGGGUGCUCUGGAAGAUAAUUCGGAGCAGAAAGAAAGCUGGGCGCUUUUGCUGAUUCCCUUUUUUGGAGAAAUCGCUUGGCUUUGUGUAGGAAAGUCGGAUCUCUGUGACAGUUUCUGUUUGAAAUUUGUGAGUAAUUCCAGGAGCUCGAUUCGGGAAGGGGUUCUUGUGUGGUAGUCUUGGAUUUGUAAACCAAAGAAGGUUUGCCGGCUGAUAGAAAAGUUAAGGUACUACUGUGGUAUACUGUUGGCAGUGUUUUUCCUUUCUUUUGGGGUGUAUUAUAGAAUACAAGGAGUUACUGAUGCUUUAUCUUUGGCAUACACAGUGCUAGCAAGCUCACUUUGAAGAUCUUGGUCACCAUAAGAGAUUUGGUGAAUUUCUGGUUGUUGUGCAUUUUUCACUAGAUAUGUCCUUUCGCAGCAUAAUCCAUGAUGUUAAGGAGAGCUUUGGUAGCCUAUCUAGACGUAGUUUUGAGGUGAGAAUUUCAGGUUUCCCUGGUCUGUCUAGCCAUCACAGAGGGAAGUCUGUUGGAUCUCUAAGCGAGCUGUACGAUAGACCUGUAGUAGUUGAUCAAAGCAGGUGGGUUGGUCUCCCUCCUGAGUUGCUUCGUGAUGUAAUGAAAAGACUUGAGGAAGGCGAGAGCACUUGGCCAUCCCGCAAAGACGUUGUUGCUUGUGCAGAGGUCUGCGGAGCAUGGAGAGAGAUCUGUAAGGAUAUAGUACCGAGUCCGGAGUUUUGUGGAAAGCUCACUUUUCCGGUAUCACUUAAACAGCCAGGACCUAGAGAUGGAGUAAUCCAGUGCUUUAUAAAAAGGGACAAACCAACAUUAACGUAUUAUCUCUACCUAUGUCUUAGCACUGCUGUGCUCAGCGAGCAUGGGAAAUUUCUGCUAGCAGCUAAGAGGAGUCGUCGUGCAACAUAUACCGAGUACAUAAUUUCUGUGGAUCCUAAAAAUAUAUCACGAUCAAGUUAUGGCUAUGUUGGAAAAAUGAGGUCAAAUUUUCUUGGCACCAAAUUCGUCGUAUACGACACACAGCCGCCAUACAACGCCGGGAGCCUUGUAUCAUGUGAGCGUGGCAGCCGUCGAAUCUCCUCUAGGAGAGUCUCCCCCAAGGUACCCACUGGUAGCUACCCCAUUGGCCGGGUGAACUAUGAGCUAAACGUGCUUGGCACAAGGGGGCCCAGGCGUAUGAAUUGCACCAUGCAUUCAAUCCCAGCCUCUGCGCUAGACCCUGAAGGCGUGGUGCCAGGCCAACCCAGCCAGCUCUUCCUCCCUGGUUCAUCUUCAUUUGAAGAAUCCUUUCGCAGUGCAAACGCCUCCUCCAGCUCAAGGUUCUCAGUUACAGACCGCUCCUUGGAAUUCAGCAGCUCUCGCUUCUCGGAGAUAAGUGGAGGGGUCCAGCAAGAUGAGGUCGAUGGCCAGGCUAAGGAGAGGCCUUUGGUUCUCCGCAACAAAGAGCCAAGGUGGCACGAGCAGCUGCAAUGUUGGUGCCUCAACUUCCAUGGUCGGGUGACCGUGGCUUCUGUGAAGAACUUCCAGUUGAUAGCUGCACCGCAGCUAGAUGCUGCGCCUUCUGAAUCUUCACAGCCAGCCCAGCCUUCAAGUUCAUCUUCAGCUUCCGAUCAUGAUAAGGUGAUCCUGCAGUUUGGUAAGGUCGCCAAGGACAUGUUCACUAUGGACUACCGGUACCCGCUCUCGGCAUUCCAGGCCUUUACCAUAUGUUUGACUAGCUUUGACACCAAGUUGGCUUGUGAAUAGAUCAGAGAUAAGAAGAGGGUUGCAGAAUGGGUGUGUAAUAAGCAUUAUGUUAUCUGUGUGUGCAGGUGUAGUUUAUUGCUGCCUUAAUUUAGUGCUUUGUUCCUCUAGUGUGGCUUGGCAAACCUAAGAACCGGCAAGGUAUCUGAGGUGCAUAUGGUUGCUACAUUUUUCAUGUCUAUAGCCUGUUUGUAACAGCAAAAAUUGCAGACGUUUCCAAGUCUUAGAAAUUGCAAUUCCUUGAUGGUUUGAGCCCUUGGAUGUAACCUGUUUGUUGAUGUAGUUCUGCUUCAAAGCA